GGAGGCGGGCCCUGAGCUGGCACCUCCCCUUUAGGGCUGCUCCGGGAGCUCAGUGUUCUGGCGCCUGCCUCCGGUUCAGUUUCUCCACUCUCGAAGAGCGAAACAGAAUCGAAACUGCGCUGGAUUCCAUGCAGCAGGAUCCGGAACCUGCCGGAUCUCCGGGGCCCCAGCAGGACCCCGCACUGCCCCACUCCCCCAGCAUGCCUCCCCCGGAGUCACUCUCCGAAGGCCACCAGUCCAGCCACAGCGACAGCCCCACAGAGCAAGCCACGGAGGAAGAGUUCCAGUUCUUGCGCUGCCAGGGCUGCCAGGCAGAAGCUAAGUGCCCCAAGCUGCUGCUUUGUCUGCACACGCUGUGCUCAGGAUGCCUGGAGGAGUCCAGCAUGCAGUGCCCCGUCUGCCAGGCUCCCUGGCCCUCAGGUGCCGGCACCCAGGCCCUGGACAACGUCUUCUUCGAGAGCCUGCAGCGGCGGCUGUCGGUGUACCAGCAGAUCGCACGCGAGCAGGCGUUUUGCACCCGCUGCAAAGAGCUGGCCCACUACUGGUGCUUCGAGUGCGAGCAGCUCAUCUGUGCCAAGUGCUUCGAGGCGCACCAGUGGUUCCUCAAGCAUGAGGCCCGGCCGCUGGCGGAGCUCCGCAGCCAGUCGGUGCGGGAGUUUCUGGACGGCACCCGCAAGUCCAACAACAUCUUCUGCUCCAACCCCAACCACCGCAGCCCUAUGCUGACCAGCAUCUACUGCCGAGGCUGCUCCAAGCCCUUGUGCUGCUCGUGCGCGCUCCUGGAUAGGGGCCACAGCGAGCUCAAGUGUGACAUCAGCAUGGAGAUCCAGCAGCGGCAGGAUGAGCUGGACACCAUGACCCAGGACCUGCAGGAGCAGGACCGCACCUUUGGGGCAGCGCAGGCGCAGAUGCGCUCUGCCAUCAGCCAGCUGGGCCGCGUACGCGCCGACACUGAGGAGUUCAUCCGUGAGCGCGUGCGCGACGUGGUAGCGCACGUGCUAGAGCAGGAGCGUCAGCUGCUGGAAGGCGUGGGUGCGCGGUACCAGCGCGACUACGAAGAGAUAGCGGGCCAGCUGGGCCGGCUGGAUGCCGUACUGCAGCGGAUCCGUAUGGGCAGCGUGCUGGUGCAGAGGAUGAAACUCUACGCCUCGGAUCAGGAGGUGCUGGACAUGCAUGACUUCCUGCGCAAGGCGCUCCACCAGCUGCGCCAGGAGGAGCCCCAGAGCCUGCGAGCCACCGUGCGCACAGACAGCUUCGACGAAUUCAGGGUGCGCCUGCAGGACCUCGUCUCUUGCAUCAGCCGGGGUACAGAUGCAGCUCUAUCCAGGAGAGCCAGCCCAGAAGCUGCCAGCACUCCCAGAGACACCUGUGGCACUGACCCGCCAGAGGAGGUGCCGAGGGACCAGGUGCAAGCCGCGGGAUUGGCCGUGGUACAGCCGGUGCCAGGGGCACACCCUGUGCCAGUGUACGCCUUCUCCAUCCAAGACCCCUCCCUCAGAGAAGAGGGCACCAACACGGCCACACCGCAGAAGAGGAAGGCCUGCCAGACCGAGUGCCCCCGGAAGGCCAUCAAGAUGGAGUCUGAGGAGGGGGAAGAGUCUAGGUUGGCUCGGAGCUCCCCUGAGCAGCCCAGGCCCAGCACCUCCAGGGCAGUCUCGCCACCCCACCUGGAUGGGCCCCCCAGCCCCAAGAGCCCCAUCAUAAGAGAUGAGCUCUCCCUGCCUGAGAGCAACCAUCAAACCGGCGACCCUGCAGAGACAGAGGAGCGCGUCGUGGUGAUCAGCAGCUCGGAAGACUCAGAUGCUGAGAACCCG